GAGGCGGCUAUUCCGAUCCUUGCCCGCCGCAGAACUUCCAAGCGUGCACGUGCGGACGUGUUUUUCAGUUCGACGGUUCAAGAAGCCAAAGCUCUUUGUGAUGAGGCUGCUGACAACAGGAUCCUCGUGUCUCACGCGGCCAGAUGUCGACUCAGCGCAGAUGUGGAGGCAGAGAUGCAAAAGUUUGGCUUGCGUCUGCUGGACGGUGGAGAGCACACCCUCAAAGACAAGUUCUAUUACUUUGCCGACAAGAAUGAGGUUCCUGGUCCGGCGUCUUCCCCGCUACGAGUGCAGCGAGCGCCGAACGUGGGACGAAGUGAGGACCAAGCCAAGGAGGAGAAGGCGAAGGCCACAAAGGAGGAGACCGCGGAGACACCGGAUCGGACGGUUUCGCAGCUCCAGGAGGAGCUUUUGCGGACAAGAGUCGGCCUGCAGCAGAUGCAAGCCAAGUUACUCGUGGCCGAAGAACAGGAGCGACAGGCCAGACUCGAAUCUGGAUCGCUGAGACAGCAGCUGCAGCAGGAAGUUCCAAAGGCGGGCCAGGCCCAGGCUCCUGGAAGCUCGCUUUGGAGCUCAACCUCAGACCUGCCAUCCGAGAUGAGACGUGCAAAUUCCUCACCGGCGUCAGUGCUGUUUCUGCAGUGGCAGAAUGCCCACCUCCAAGCCGAAAUCCGUCAGUACCAGCAGGCCUUGACGAACACCCGGUCCGAGCUGCAGAUGCAGGUCUUGGCCGGGCAGUUGAUGGAGUCCAAGCACCAGCUCCUUCAGGCCCGAGUCGAGCACCUGGAGCUGGACCUGGGCUUCAAGGCACUCUACGGAGCCAUGGGGCACGAAGACGAUCUCUUCGCAGAUUUGCCAAAACUCAACUACAAGGCACCGGCCAUAUUGUGA